CGGGCGCUGAUUUUAUAUAUAGGUAUAUGAAACUUACCCAUCUAGCACGGAGUACUGCUCCGAAACUGUACUAUAUAUAAGGUAUGUAAGGAUAUUAUACCUAUAUACAUCGGGCAGCGCAAGCCUAGCAAGAGCAAUUUUCGCAGUCGGCAGUAUUAGUACACGCCGCCACCAACGCUGCAUGGGGGACGCUCAUACAUUAUAAACAACGCGCAAGACUCAUUAGUGCCAAGUUGAAUUUGACCAAAAUGAAUUUUUCUGAGCAUAACAAUGCUCAGAGUUCACUGCCUCAGUUUUCUGAGAUUUCUAUUCGCCCUAGUGUAACAACUUCUAAUUUUGCUUCGAAUGAUAACCAUCAUUUGCAUAGCACACAAGAUAUAAUUUAUACCACUGCUGCAGAUUCUAACAACGUUAAGCAAGCAAUUAUUAAUUCUCAUAACAAAUAUUCCACUAAUACGAUAUUAAAUUGGGCCGAUACCAAUGCUCUGGUCCAAAUUUGUGAAAAACAAGGCUUGCAGGCACUAAACAUUCCCACUUACACUCAAAAUAAUGCAACAUUAAAUGUUCAAUCUCAUAACUUGCCUAUGAGAAUCAUCCCAAAUGUUUAUAUUCAGCAAGCAACUGAAAGUGCUAUCGAUAAAGAUGAUGGUAAUAAUAUAAAAGUGGAAAGUGAUGAUAUUGAUAACCAGCAAAAUUUGUUAAUGGCUGAGUAUAUACAAAGGGUACAAUCUUCUAUACCAAUAACUCUACAACAAUUAAUUAAAAUUCAGUCAGAGCAUGUAAAAAAAGAGAAAGCAGAUGAACAUAAGAAUGAUCAAAUACAAAAUAAUAUUUUGAACAUUCCCUCAGUUUAUAAAAAUGCACAGAUACAGAAUGAUGGUCAAUUCUUGAGCACUGAUCACCCACUUCUAACAUUAACUCAAAAUGAUGUAAAUGUUCAUGUUGAAAAUCAAGCAGAAGCUUCUUCAAGUCAAACACAAAUUCAAAAUCAUUUACAGUCUCAAACUCAAAAUUCUAAUAAAACAGAACAAAAUGAAGCCCCUAAACCUGAAAAAAAAAUUAAAUUCAGAGCAAAGACUGGAGAAAUAAAAGUAACAACAGCCAUCGAUGGAUCUACAUUAUAUUGUUGUCCAGAGUGUAAUCUAGCUUUUUCUGAUAAGACUGAAAUUGAACAACAUUUACAAGUUCAUGUUCAGGAACGCAAGUAUCAGUGUAAAGAAUGUGGAGCAAUGCUAAAACGUAAAGAGCACCUGGAUCAGCACAUGCGAGGCCAUUCAGAUGAACGUCCAUUCAAAUGUCCUGUUUGCACUAAAGCUUUUAAACGCAAUGAGCAUCUCACAAGGCACUACGUAAUUCAUUCAGGAGAUAAAAACUUUACAUGUAGUGUUUGCCAGAAAGCUUUUUCACGAAAAGAUCAUUUGAAUAAACAUGCUCAAACUCACCUUGGUAUUAAAAAAACUAAAGCCAAUAAAAAAGAAGUAACAAACACAGAAGUACCAGUUUCUGACGCAGGAAGCACAACCACAACAGCUAUGCUUAUUAGGCCAGAUCUCAAUAGUUUCUUCAAAGAUAAUGGUAGCAUGAAGCAAGAAACUACUAAUUUACUUCAGCACAUUCAAAACUUGCAUAAAGACACUAGCCUUCUUCACACGUUUUCUGCUUUCAAAGAACGUAUGCUUCAUGAUGGAGCUGUGCUACAACAACCAGCUGUUAAUAUGAGUGAAAUUUUGCCACAAAAUACAAGGUAUCUGAUGCCAUCUUAAAAGUUUCUAUAUUAUUUUUUAUUUACCUUUUAUCUCUAAGUAAACGAGUGAUUUUGUACAAGUGUAAGAUUAGAAAAAAAAGUAAGACCUCAGCAAUAACUGAAAAUGGAGGUGGCUGUUUAGAAACUUUGUUUAAUAAGCUUUAAUAAGAAUGUUUAGCUUAAUAAAAAUAACAUUAAGUCUUAUUUCGUAAGGAUUGAUAUCAGAAUAUCAAUUUGAGGCACAAAAAAUGAACUAUAUUUUUGAUGUACUUGUCUCAAACAAAUAACAUUUUAAAUAUUUUUAUAAUAUUUGUAUACAUUAUUUUUAAGUUGAUAUAACUUAAUUAAGUUGCAUAGAAAAUUAAAUCUUCAUUUCGCCAAGUCUUUGUUAUCAAGGUUGUAAUUUUUUUUCGUUUAAACUAAUUUUUAUAGAAUUUUUUACGUGUACUAUAAGAAACUAAAAUAUACUCAAAAUUGAUUAAUUAUAACGAUUAAAUGAUGGAAUAUUUUUAAAAUUCAUGCAUAUUUUCAAAACAAAAUAGUACGCGUAAAAUUAGUAUUAUUUGACAUGAAUUUAAAAGGUACAAAUAAAAAAAAAGAGAUUGCAUAUUCUGUGAUCUAUUUCAAUUUUAGAUAAGAAUACUUAGUUAGUACGAGUAACAGGAUGUAUUUGACGACGUUAUAGUCGGGAUUUCCUUAAUGAACCAGUCACACAAAUAGUAAAUAAUAUGUAACGUCAGAAAACGACUCAUACUUUAAAAUCUCCGUACUAAAUUGUAAGAACCCUAAGAGAUUAAAUAUAUUUUAAAUAACUGAAAAUUACAUGACUGUAAACGAAUUGUGAAAAAUUUGUAUUGAUCUGCAUUCAAUUCGAAAAUUGAAUAGCUAAUCAGCGAAUUUUGUGAGAGUUUCAAGUUGACUUUUGCAUAAUUGAAUUACUCUAAAGUAAUUAUGCAAAGACAAGCUCGUGUAUUAAAAUCAUGUGAAGUAUCGUACCAAUACUUUUUAUGAAUUCUUAUUGAUUCAUAAAAUAGAUUUUUGAGUACUAUUAUGUGUAAAAUUUAGUUCUCAUUUUGUUUAAUAUAUCCAAUCUAUUUGAUCCAUGACAGUUCGAUUUUCGUAUGUAAAUAAAAAAAACGAAUAAUUUAUUUUUUAAGAAUCUGCUACCUUAAGUCAAUAAAUCAAAUUUUAACGGAAAUUUAAUGAAAAAAUAUAAUUUGAUCUUUGUAAUAACUCGAGUAUUUGUACAAUGUAAUUGAGAUCAUGUCACGUGAUAGAUAUUUUAAAAUUCUACAUGAUCUUAAGCAUCAGUUAUAAACUAAAGUUCCGUCUUUAAUUAUAAGCAAUUUAUACUUGGUAUAAUGUGGUACUCGUUGAUUUUAACUUUUAAUUUUGAUCUCUGAAAAGAUUAUUCAUAAUCAUUUGAUAUUUGUAAUAAAAACUAGGUAAUGAAGUAAGUUAUAGAUUUAUAUUUAUUAUACAAUGUAAAAAUGAACUUUGUAUUGAAAAUAUAAAUUGAGAAUGUAUUUUCAUCAAAUA